AUCUACUUCUCAGCUUCCGCGGCUUCAUUGCGUAUAAAAACUUUUUCAAGGCAAAGUUGCCGAAAAGCAACAGGAGGCCCGUGAGCCUCCAUGAACACAUCCGCGAAGAACGGCUUCCGUCGGGUGGCUUGUAUAUCCGCGUUGAGCGGGGUGAUCGUAUUUGUACUGUACUCGCUACGCGUCGACGCUGGAACGUACGGAAGCACGGAGAUGUCUGUUCCACAGAGUACGGGGAGGCCUUUUGAUCGGCGGCCAUUUACUCAAGCUAUCGUACACCUUGACUUGAAAGGCGCGCCUCCGAAAGUGACAGUAUACGAAUGGCUAUUCCCUCUGCUGAGGAAAAUGGGUGCGCAUGGUGUUCUCAUAGAAUAUGAGGAUAUGUUUCCAUACAUGCAAAAUCUUGCCGUGAUCAAAAGAGCAGACCACUACAGUAAGAGUGAUAUUGCAAAAAUCAACCAGCUGGCUAAUCGAAACUUUCUGGAAAUCAUUCCUCUGGUGCAAACCUGGGGUCACAUGGAGUUCAUCCUCAAGCAUCAACCGUUCUUUGCGUUGAGAGAGAACGUUACCGCGGAUAAUACUAUCUGUCCAACAGAUGAGCGUUCCAUAAAUUUGAUCAGAGAUAUGAUUGUACAGGUUCGAGCACUGCAUCCCAAUUCGGAACGAAUACACAUCGGCGGAGAUGAAGCUUCCCACAUCGCGGAAGAUAAGAGAUGUAAAGAUCGUUUGGCCGCAGAGACUGAGCCAGAUAAUAAGAGAGCGGUUGAGAAGCUCAAGCUAGCUCACAUAGCAAGAGUGGCACAGCUGGCACGAGCAGCUGGAUAUGCAGAAGUAUUUGCAUGGAAUGAUAUGUUUGAUAAAUCUUUGGUGGAGGAUAUACGCUCAUCUGGACUUGGAGAGCUAAUUACGCCAGUUGUAUGGGGCUACAGGGUCGACGUGACGGCUGAGGGCUACUUUCCGGAUGGACUCUUUGAUCGCAUCUCUCAGAUUUUCCCCAAAAUUUUCUUUGCCAGUGCAUUCAAAGGUGCUAAAUCGCUAGCAGAAAAUUACAUUGAUAUUGAAAGAUAUCUGCGAACUCACGAUUCAUAUGUGAAGCUGUAUAGGAUGCAUAGCAAGACCCUUGAUGGUCGUGUGGGAGGCAUCAUUCUGACUGGUUGGCAAAGAUAUAUGCAUCAUGCACCUUUGUGCGAGCUCUUGCCAAUAUCUAUACCCUCGCUUUUGACCGAUUUGCUCUACCUUCAAGAUGUUGACAUUAGCGAAGAUUUGUUGUGGAAGAAAGUGCUGAGUUUGUUAAAAUGUCCUUCAUACAUGAAUCCGGCCACCACUCCUGCUGUGGUUGACACCUCCACAUAUCUUCCUCAUAAGGACGCAUAUCUCAAAGUUUGUGACUUCGAAGGGAAGGAACUAUUCAGAUUGAUAAUGGAAGAUCUGCAUAUGUUGGAAUGGAAAGUCAGUGCAUUCCGAUAUGAUCCAGAAAAGAAAGCGGAAUUGGUCGAAGAGAUUCAAGAACUGGCAAAAAAGAUGCAAGUGGAACUGCUCAAAUACUACUUACCCAAUGAUGUGAAUGAGUUCGUCACCACCAAAGUUUUAGCUUUGAAGCGACUACUGGCGGAGUCCUUUCUACUUCAAAGUUUCUGUAAGUCGUUCUGCAAACAGAUGAGAAAAAGUAAAGUGUGGAGUGUACGCGAUCUGUGCGUGUGCUGA